AUGGCUGACGAGGCAGAAGUCUUAAGCAAUUCGCUUGCCAAGUUGGCAGAAAAUGAACAGCAGAUGGGUGAGGCCGACAAGGAUGCAGAAAUCUACCGCAUCAAGAAAACACAGACCAUCUAUAAGAAGAGAAGCGAAAUUACCAAGGAAAUCCCCCAGUUUUGGUAUAUUGUACUUGCCCAGAACGAUGAUUUUGCCGAUUAUGUUCGUGCAGAAGACCUUAAAUACUUGGACUUUGUCGAGGACAUAUAUGUUCAUUUCGACAUCGCCGACUCUGACCAGGUGUCCAACUACAGAGACUUCUCCAUUACCAUUUCGUUCAAGGACGACUCAGGAGUUGUUCCAACACAGACAGUCACGAAGAAAUUCCAGGUUUCUGAGAAAGAUGGCGAGGAGGUUCUUCUCUCUGAAGCUGUGGAGGUUCAAUGGCCACAAGAACUUGCUGAUAUCUGUCCCUCCACUAUUAGAGAAAACAAGAAAGGUGACAGCUACAGCGCGGAUGAAAAGAAAAAAUACAGACAAGGCAUGAAGUCUUUCUUUGCUUGGUUUGAGUGGACGGGCCACAAGCCAGCCAAGGAGUUCAGAAGUGGCGAGGACUUGGCCAGGUUGAUCUUGGACGAUUUGUUCCCUAAUGCUGUGAGGUACUACGCUGAGGCCAUCAAGAACGACAACGGAAGUGAUGUGGACAGUUCCGAGGGUGAGGAGUUGGACAUAAGUGAUGACGACGAGCCACCAAAGAAAAAGCAGAGAGGAGAAUAG